UCUCGUGUCGAGCGCGACAGCCUUUGCUCUUUCUUGCGAGUGCACUCCUGUAGACUACGCCCGAGCCCUCCCUUACCAGCAGCCGGCACUCUAUCCGUGGUUUAUCCACUUCGCUCUGUAAGAUAGGCUCUCUGUCUCUCGUCGACCGUGUGUGCGGUGCUUGAACGCUUUUUUUGGAGGGAGGGACAACAAUGUCCGGAGUCGACGCUGCCUCGUGGAUGGAGAGCUUCAAGGAAUACCUGGAGCCGGUGACAAAGAUUGCCCUCGACGUGAAAGACAAGCUGGAAGGGUACGACUACCCGCCAGCCGUCGUCGAUGCGUACAAAACCACGGCGACCGCGAUCGGGGCCGAGGAUAUCAGCCCGGUCUACGUCGGCUUCGGUGUGGUGGCUGCUUCGGGCUUCCUCCUCUUGGCCUGCCGUAGCUGCCAGGCCGCCCCACAGAAGAAAAAGGGCCGUGGAUCGAAAAAGUCCAAGGCGAGAGCCAAGGCGGCUGCUAACGGAAACGUGCAGAAGAACGGAGGGAGUGGGAAGGGCGGACCGGUGGCGGCAGCUGGAGGGGCUGCCGCCAACGGUGGGUCGGGGGCCCGCGACCUUGCUGGCAAGAAGCCGAAGCCUGCAGCUGGCGGUGCACAGGCCGCUACCCCGAAGGCCUCCAAAAAGGCUCCCGCGACGGCACCCCAGCCCCAGGGGAAGGGCAAGGGCAAGAAAAAGCCCGUGGUAGAAGCUCCUCCUGUGAUCACGGAGGAGCCGGAGGCGGCGAAAAAGCUCAACAAAAAGAAAGAGAGGGCCGCCAAGAAGGCCAAAGCGGCGGCGGCGGCGGCGGCAGAAGCAGCAGCCAGUAAAAAGACGUCGAAGAAUAACUCGACGGCGGCGAACGGUUCUACACCGGGUGGGGCAGGACCCCGACAGGCACACCAAAACGGGGGUGGCGGUGCCGGAGAAGCCGACCCGUGGGGGGCGCAGCAUGCAGGAGGCGAAUGGCAGACGGGACCCAUGGGCUCGCAAGAGGGGGAGUGGGAAACGGUUUCCCACAAGAGGUCCAAGCCUCGGAAGGAGAAGGCGGCGGUGGACGAUGCGAACACCAUCCCCGGCGGGCUUGGGCUUUGACCGACGCUUUGGUGUUGUUGGUGCCCAUGUCCAUCGUCCAUGGUCCAUUGUGGGCUGGAAUUGGGGCCCCGCGGUGCUCCUCGGCAGUGACGGCGGUCUGCCGGUCCUCUGUUGUGCGUGUUUAAUAUCUCGUAUUUUCUGUUUCAGCAUACGGAGUAUGAUUAAGUUGGUGGUCGCUGGCGGGUGGUGUUUCCCGUUUCCCCGUCUGUUGGGGACUGUCGAGGUAUGGACGGCGAUUAGGACAGUGGUGUAGCUGUCGUGCGCGAGCAGAGUCGAUGGGUGCGGUAACCUAGAGCGCGCGGAAGGUGAAACAGGUCGAACACCAGGUGAUAUGCACACCAGGCGAGCGUGUGAACCUUGGGGGCACAUUUGAUCGAACGCUUGUUGGCCUUGUUGGUGUGCGUUCGAUGGGAGAUAAACUGUGGCGCAUGGGGUGUCAGGUUAAGAAUUUAGGUAUGGGACAGUCGACAAGCAGUAUCAUGUUGUUCGGCAGGUUGCGCAACGAGCAAACUACUAGGGUAAAACUGAAAUCUUGUGUGUGAAAUGAGGGAAUCGUCCUAGGAAGUACUCGGGAAGAUGUUUCCCUUUCGAGGGUCAUCUCCACGGCAUCCUCCACUUUGCCUUGUGUGAGCGGAACCCGACCGCCUGGCUGCGAGGUAAACAGGUGCGCUACGUCUACCACGUCACCAAAGUCUCAUCACUUCAGAAGUCAUCUCGUUUGUCCAAAAUCAGAUCCCUCUGCGUCGACGCCAGUGUUUCGAAGAGGGAAUCCAUGAGAGACGUUGAGGAC